AUGCACAGUUUAGAGGCAGCUUGCAAUGAAGCACAAGAUAAUAAAAAAAAAACAAAUAAAAUUGGAUUACUGAGGGAAAAAGCAGAAAGCUGCAAUACUGAAGUCACUCUAUCCGCUUCAACAGCUAUUCCAGGACCAAGUUGGUCUAAUGGAGUCCAGACUCAAAUAUUGGCUGAAGCACCCAGGAAAUCUAGGGUUUUUAAUAUUCGUCAACGCCUUAGAGAGCUUUACCUUGAAGAAUGUCGUAAUACACAGCCUUAUUCUACUUCAUCAUUACCCUUAAAAAAUUUAAAAAGAGGAUCAAGAUUGCUAGAAAAAUUAGUUCAAAGAGAUAAUUUAAACACAUUAAUUGUUAAUUUAUAUCCAGGUAAUAAAGGCUACUCUUUAAGUCUGCGACUACAAGGCAAAGUACCUGCUGAAACAAUGCGAUGGCCUUACAGUGAUGAAGAAUUACUUAGAUGUAUUGAUAAUGAGGAAAUCCCCGCCACAUUAGUUGACUUGCUUGAAACCAAUCAUUCAGAGUUGUUUUAUCAGGGCUGUGUUAUUGCUGAAAUUCGAGAUUAUCGAUUAACUUUUCCUCUUUUUAAUUUUGAAACUCACCAUGUGCUAUUAAAGCCUACUACUCAGAGCAUUAUUAAUGAUGUGAAUAUUAUCAGCUCCUCUCAAGACUUUUCAGCUGAAGAUCGUUUGUCUUUAGAAAGCCAAUUAAUAUUAGCAACUGCUCCACCAUUAUGUUUGGAUCCGAAUCCUGCUGUAGGAAUAAUGAUAAACAAUCUUCAGCACAAAAAACAAAGACUCUCAACUGUUCCAUUGAGGAGAACUGCUAAAAAGUUUUCUCAGGUUACUGUAAACAGAAAAAGGAAAUUAGACCAAUUUACAUCUCACAAUACCUUGAAAUUAUUUGAUUUUAUUACUCGGAAAAAGGCAAAACUAAGAGCUGCAAAUUCUGGAAAACAAAAUAAAAAGAUCAGUGAUGGAUUACCCCCACCGCCUCCUGUGCCCUCUGAAGAAAAAGUACCACUUCCACCUCCUACUAUAAAGCCAGAUGUGUUCAAGUUUGCUAAGCAUUAUGAAAAGUCAAGAGAAACAACGGAUUGUAGUGUUCAUUUAAUCGAAGAAUACAUUUUGGAAACAGAAAGAGGGCAGGGAAGGAUUUAUAGAAUUAAAUUAUCUAUACUCCAAAGGCAUUCAAACCUAGAAUACCUUGGUGAAUUGUAUGUUGACCGAGAUUACAAAGAAGGGGAAAGAACUGGUGCUUCAUGCAGAUUUGUACUUGGUACUAGAGUUCAUGCUAAUCGUUAUAUUCAACAAUUUACGGAAAUUUUUACCGAGGAGGGUAGGAAGUCGGUUCGAAUAACUCAUGUAGUACCUGGUCAACAACAUCAUGUUUCUUACACUCCUGGUAUGAGGGAAAGAAAUGCUGCCUACGCCAAAAAGUCUGUACAACCUGUUUCUGUAGCCAUUCACGGAAAGCAAUCGCCGGUAGUAAUUAAUAAUACUCAGAAUAAUAAUUUAAACCAGAAUCAAAAUUUGCAAAAUGUACUGGCACAAAGUUCACAACAGAUGAGUGGGCAAGCAGGAAUCAUGGAAUCUAAUUCACCUAAUACAAUUAAUUUUAAUUUAAAUUCUCAAACCAUUCAAAAACUUCAAGGACAUUUAACUUCUAACACUAACUUAUUACCUCAGAGUCCUAAUUCAAAUUCAAACAUUCAGAUUAAUUCUGUUUCGCAUUUGACGGGUUUACUAGCUAAUUCAAGUGUUGCUGCACCACCAAAUGUAAAUGUUCAUCAAAUUCAGCAGGGGCAAUCUGUAAUAGGUAUCUCGGGUCAGUCGAUAAAUAAUUUAACUCAGUCUGUACAAAAUAUUUCAUCGGGAGUUGUCAAUGUACAAAACAUUGGAAUUACAAAUCAAAACGUUGGGAAUUCGACCAUUCAAAAUUUGUUAAGUGGUGCUUUAAGUACUAAUGUACUGAGUGAUAAAAGUUUAAACAAUUUGACAAAUGGUCCUGUUUCAUCAGUGAUUACUCCUUCACAAAACACAACAGUUAGUUCUACUUCAACUGUAAUUAUUGAACAUCACCCACCUGCACAAUCUCAAUUGCCCGUAUCAAAGGCAUCUCGUCCUCCAUUAGCUACUAAUCCGGCGAUAAGCGCAUUAGUAACUAGCUUGAUGAAUUCGGCUCAGCAAUUUCAAGUACAGCAAGCUGCUCAGCAAGCAGCCAAUAAUUCAAAUAAUGGUGCCAACGUUCAACCUUCGGCAAAUAAUAUCAAUCAAUCAUCUAGUUCGAGUACGAAUCAAAAUCCUACAAUAUUAAGUUUACUAAAUGCUACAACACCAAUAAAUAUAAAUAACAAUAAUGUUUUAACAACUUCGAGAUUAAUUAAUCAAAACAUAAGUGCUGUGCUGAACAAUAAUGUCGGAAAUCAAACUUUAGUUGUAAAUAAUGCAAAUUCUCAGCCAUUAAGAGUGACAUUGUCAUCUUUGAAUCAGUUAAUGAAUGCUGGCAAUCAAAAUUCCAUUUCGCAAAAUCAAAGUACUCAAAUAUUAAAUCUUGGAAAUGUUAGUCAAAUUAAUAAUUCGUCUAGUGCGGGGUUCGCGUUAGCCACAACUCAAGGAAACAUUACUAUUGCUACUCAAACGACAAAUUUAACCACUCAAACAUUUACCAUAGCAAAUGCCAAUUCUCAAACGUUUACCAUAACUUCUCCCAACGCAGUAUCCAAUCAAACAUAUUCAUUAAAUGCUCCUCCUCUAGGUUCUCUCGGGCAAACCCAAAAUCAAACUUUCACAAUCACACCCAAUUCAAAUAGUUUGUCUCCGCAAAGUUUUACCAUAUCUCCCGCUAGUGCUACCAAUCUUGCUAAUUCGAAUUCCGCAUUACAAAAUGCGGGUUUCACAAUAUCAUCAACUCAAAAUUCUGGGUCUCAAUCGCAAACGUUUACAGUACUUCAACCCAAUCAGAAUUUAGGAAAUCAAAGUUUUACAAUAACAACCCCUGUCGCCAAUCAGAAUUUUACCGUUACAAAUGCUCAAACGGGCGUGACGAAUCAAGCUUUCACCAUAACCAAUAGUAAUAUAUCGCCGGUGCAAAACAAAACUUUUCAAAUUAAUAAUGUCGGAACUACCAGUCAGACAUUUACAAUCACAACGCCGGUUGUGACAGUUCCCAAUCAAUUUGUAGGUUGCCAAUCAUCAGUAUCCAAUCAGAAUUAUUCUUCACAAUCUUCCAAUUCAACAUUCACACUCAAUCCGACUUCUCAGGCUUCAAGUGCAAACAGUGUUUUUACAGUUGAUUCUUCUUUACCUAGUCAAGUUUUCACCGUUAACAUCCCAUCUCCAUCCCCAAAAUCUAGUUUCAAUCAAACAUUUACAAAUUCGAACCAAAGCAAUCAGAAAAAUAUAACAAAUCAAAAUAGCGUGUUAAUUAACAAGAAUCAAACCUUUGCAAUUAACGCUAAAAAUCAAAAUUUCACGGUAGCCACUCCAGUUAUUACCAAAAGCAAUGAAAAUUUGAACGUUAAUAACGGAACAACUAAUAACAAUACCAGCCACAGCAACAACAAUAAUAAUGGAAAUAUUAGUGGUGGCACCAACAGUAUUAUUAAUGCAAGCAACCUUAGCACCCGAUUAAAUACUGGUAGAAUAGUGAAUUGUCCAAAAAGGUUGUCAAAUGCUCUUCAACACGCUUCUCAAAAUAGUGAAUUAAAUAAACUCCUUUUAGAAAAAAGUGACAAUAGGCUAUUAACGGAUACAAAUAAAAAAUUAAAUGAUAAAAAUGAUGGUGUUUCACAAACAUUUAGUGACAAUAUAAAGUUAGUGAGUGAAAAUGGUAAAUUAUCUCAAGCUUUAAGUAAUAAUAAUAAUAAUAAUAUUGACUCUGGGACAAAUGUAAAUAUAAGUGCCGCCGGACAUUCAUCUUCUAAUUCGAAUUUAGGUCUUUCAAUGCCAGGAUUAAGUGCUUUAUUAGCUGGUACUCCAUCUGCAGAUAAUCCAAUUCCAGGCGCGUCUACCUCAAGUUCUCUCUUGGAACGAUUAACUUCAUCUACGCCAAAUACAACAGCAGCCUUCAGUUCUCCACCGCUACCCGUAACUCCUCAAAGUCCUAACGUAUCCGCUCUCAGUCCAAAUCAAAAUAUUAACUUUCAAAAAAGUUCAUUUUCCACUAGUCCAAAUAGUAACGCAUUCAAUUCGACAAAUUCAAAUUCGCCAUUGUCGAACAUAACGAGUCCCGCAUCAAAUUUCACAUCUUCGAGUCCGAAAAGCCAAAUGCAAUUUCAGAGUUCAAGUCCCAGUUCCAAGGAAGUUAUGGGCAUCACUAGUCCUUUGUCUAGCCCUCCAGGAACAACUCCUGUAAGUUUAAAUCUUCAAGGUUUGAGUUUGCAAGGAAUAACCGGGCUUCAAAAUGUACAGGUCUCGAUACCUGGAUUGGCAGUGCCAAUAUCUCUGUCUUUAAAUGUCGGAGGACAGGGAGGUAGUACUCAAGGUGUCAUAAUGACAUCUCUCUCUGUGGCACCAACAACAAACACCACAACUACUUCAUCAGCAUCUCCCAUAGUACUCACCACAAACUCAUCAAGUUCUGGUGGUCACGGUAAUGUUUUGUCUCUUCCAGUCGCUCAAUUUAUGACUUCAGGACUCAAGAAUGCUAACCAAAGAACGUCUACAUCGAGUUCACUCUCUUUGGCUCAGAGUACUCAGCAAUCAAUUCAACUAGUCUCAUCAUUGCAAAAAACAGUCACGCGACCAUCGUCUGCUCCCCAAAAUCAAAGUAAUAAAACUACGCCAUCCGUUUCUCAAAGAGGAAUAAUAAAUGCUCAAAAAAAUGUCAAAACAACGGGAAAUUCUAGCAAUUUAGUCAACGCCAGUCACAGCAAUCAAGUUUUGACAUUUGCCGCUCAGCAACAGCUUCAACUUGCUUUACAAAAGCAAGCACAAAUUCAACAGUGCUAUCAACAAAAUCAGAAAAGACCCAUUUCACCAUCUUCGAUAAAUGCAAAACAUCGACGACGAUCAAAUGCUACAACCGAUUCGAAUAAGUAG